AUGUACUCUAUUCAUAUAUUAACGUUGUCUUUAUAUAGCAUAUCGACUACCAUCGAAAUCAGUAGCAAUUCUAACUCCUACUAUACCUCAAACUCGGAUAAACUUACUCCUACAUCUCCCGCUCCCGUUACUACUCCUCCGCUAACUUCUACUAGUAUUCCCAAUAAGGGUUCUAGCGAAAAUUCUAUUAACUUUAACUCUAAAUCUAAAUACGAUAUACCCAAUCCAACAACUAAGGAAAUCACACCCCAACUACUAGCGUUUACAAAGGAAGUACAAAAAGUACUUAAUAAUUGGGGGAAGGACUAUAGCAUAGCCUUUAUACGCAGCCAAGUAGCAAAUUAUUGGCAAGGCAAGCCAACGUACUACCGGUUAAUUUGUAACCGAUAUAACCAACCGAAGCGUUCUACUACUAAACUCAAGAAGACGAAGAAUAGGAAGUAUAGCUAUUAA